GAGAAAGGAAGCACUUCUCAAAAAAAAAAAAAACAAACACUCUUUUGAGGCUAAACAUCUUCCCGCGUCUGCACGGUGCAGACAGAAGAGGCAGGAAGCUCUUUUUGAAAAAAAACAAACACCACCUUAUUCAACAAAUAAGCUCGCAGUCCAGCUGCCCUACCCAUUAUGUCUACUCAUCACCCUCAUUCUCACCUUUUUUCACGUUUACUCAAAUCUUUCCGAUCCCUUUAAACUUCCACUGAUUUCUUCCGGUUUUUCCGCAUUCAAUUUCAGGUAAUAACAUCACAACACAUCUUGACCAAAUCCUGGUACGCGGAUUCUCUUAAUCCUACGUUUUAUAUUAUCGAUUGCAACUUGUCAACUGAAAUUAGGUAAUGCGAUUGCUUCAGUUUUCCCUAAUUAAAGCUCAAUGUGUUCGAUUUUGUAAUGUUAACUGAGAAAUCGAGAAUGAAGAGAUCACGUAGUGAAGUUUUCGGUUUGAGAAGACUUAAACUGCCGCAUAUAUUGUUUGGAUUAGCUGCAUUGUAUUUGAUUGUUGUUUGCUUUAAGUUUUCUGUGUAUUUUGAGGCAUCAACUAGCUCUGAUGAUGAAGUAGUAAGUAGGUUACAGUUAGAAGUGAGUAAACCUUUAAUAAGAUCUACAUUAGAAGAAGAUAAGUUAGAAGUUGAAUCUGGUGAUAUAAAUAGGGAAACGUUAGAGAACGAGACCGAUUUUGAAACGAUUAGUCAAACGGAUAGUCAAGAUGAGAAGGAUGAUGGUUUGCCUCCUAUUGAUCCGCGAUACGGGCGGUUAACUGGUAAGAUCUUGAGGCAAAGACGUAGGACGAAGGAUAUGUCGGGAUUGGAGAAAAUGGCGGAUGAAGCUUGGAGUCUAGGGUUAAAGGCGUGGGAAGAGGUUCAUAAGAACAAUGAGAACGAUACUAAGUUGUCUUCGAUACUUGACGGGAAACAAGAAGAGUGUCCGCAGUGGGUAUCGGUUAGUGGUGAAGAACUAACUAAAGGGGAUCGGAUCAUGUUUCUACCCUGUGGUCUUGCUGCGGGGUCAUCUAUAACGGUGGUGGGAACUCCUCAUUAUGCUCAUAAAGAGUAUGUUCCUCAGCUUGCAAGAAUAAAGGGAGGUGAUCCGAUGGUUUUGGUUUCGCAGUUUAAAGUUGAGUUGCAGGGGCUAAAAUCUGUGGUUGCGGAAGAUCCGCCGAAAAUUUUGCAUUUGAAUCCUCGGUUGAGAGGUGAUUGGAGCCAUCAACCGGUUAUUGAACACAAUACAUGCUAUAGAAUGCAAUGGGGGGCGGCUCAGAGGUGUGAUGGUUUACCAUCAAAAGGCGAUGACGACAUGCUUGUUGAUGGAUUUCCGAGAUGUGAAAAAUGGAUGCGUAACGAUGUGGUGGAUUCAAAAGAGUCACGAACAUCAUCAUGGUUCAAACGGUUUAUAGGACGGGCGCAGAAACCCGAAAUGACGUGGCCAUUUCCUUUUGUGGAAGGUAAAUUAUUUGUGCUUACCAUACGUGCUGGAGUUGAUGGAUUCCAUAUAAAUGCUGGAGGCCGCCACGUCACCUCCUUCCCGUAUCGUACAGGGUAUACCCUUGAGGAUGCAACAGGAUUAGCAAUUAAAGGUGAUGUAGAUGUGCAUUCUGUUUUUGCUACAUCACUCCCAACUUCUCACCCGAGCUUCUCGCCUCAAAGGGUAAUAGAAAUGUCGGGAAAAUGGAAAGCUAAACCUUUGCCACGUCAUCGUAUACGAGUUUUUAUCGGGAUUUUAUCUGCUACAAAUCACUUUGCUGAGCGUAUGGCCAUUAGGAAAACAUGGAUGCAGUCUUCAGCAAUUAAGUCCUCAAAUGUUGUUGUUCGUUUUUUUGUUGCACUAUCUCCAAGGAAGGAGCAAAAUGCAGUUUUGAAACAGGAGGCUGAUUACUUUGGUGAUAUUGUUGUAUUAACAUUUAUGGAUCAUUAUGAGCUCGUGGUGCUUAAAACUAUAGCUAUCUGCGAAUAUGCGGUUAAAAAUGUGAGUGCUUCAUAUGUGAUGAAAUGUGAUGAUGACACUUUUACACGGGUGGAUACCGUCUUGAAAGAACUAAAGAGGGUCCCGCAACAACGAUCCCUUUACAUGGGAAAUCUUAAUCUCUAUCACCGGCCUCUUAGAAAUGGCAAAUGGGCUGUCAGUUUUGAGGAAUGGCCAGAAGCAGUAUAUCCACCUUAUGCAAAUGGACCAGGAUAUAUUAUUUCCAUUGAUAUAGCUAAAUUCAUCGUAUCCCAACACAUGAAAAGAAAGCUCAGGAUAUUUAAAAUGGAAGACGUGAGCAUGGGAAUGUGGGUUGAGCAGUUCAACAGCACCAACUCGAUCCAAUACUCCCACAAUGGUAAGUUCUGUCAAUACGGGUGUAUAGAUAAUUAUUACACCGCACAUUAUCAAUCACCAAGACAAAUGGUGUGUUUGUGGGAUAAUUUAGCAAGAGGACGGGCUCGCUGCUGUAACUUUAGAUGAGAAAAAAGUCAGCAAUUGAUGCGUGGGGGAUUUUGUGUUUUUGGUUCAUAUGUACCAUGAUUUUGUUGUGAUCUUAUUGUGAAAACUUAUGUAACAUGGAACUGUGGAUUAUGGUGGGCAUGGUCAUGAUUCAUGAAGAUGAACCAUGAAUCCAUGAUUGAUGUUUUUGAGUAUUUUUGGGCCAUUGAGUUUUCGGCAUGUGCCAUUGAAAUGGAGGCUGUAAGCCUGGAUGUACAAUUGAUUUAUAUAGAAGUGAUUACGCCUCUUUAUGUUA